CGCACUCGGGGUUGCGCGGGGGUCACUGCGUGGGGAGGGAGCGGCCGUUUGGCCAAGAGAAAUGGUGUUUGUAACGAAGUCUGUAACGAAAGCCACUUGUUUAGGUGCUGGGGCUGUUGACCAAUGGCGGCUGCAGUCUUCAAGCCAUGACGUGGCAGGUGACCCGCUCCGCCAGCACCCAGUGUACAACUCUUGCCUCCAAUCCGACGGGUGGCCGGAGGGACUCCCACUGCUUGAAGUCUUUGGAGUAUUUACGCGCCGCUGUUGCACGCGGGCACGCGCAGGCAGACGCACGCUGACGCAAACGAGGGGCUUCCCUGCGCCAACGUCUGCAGCAAACGGCUGCUACAUUCCAGACACAUCGAUUGCAGGCGGUGCUGGUCACGACCAACGCUUUCCUCACUAGACGAUCGGACGGUCAGUAGACGAGAGGAAGGUUCAUGUGGACGUGCGAAGUUUUAAAGGAAUUUAUUUAUGUUCACUGCCUUCUCCGUGAUGUUUUUCUAUCCUGUGGAACAAUCAGUAAAAUUAUAGAUAUUUUCGCGUUCUGUUUAUUGUUUAUACUUAUUCUAUAAUGCUUUUCUUACGUCGUCAUAAACUUUGACCUGUGCAGCAAACGAAGAUUUUGGAAGAGAAAGUCAUAAACCACUUGUUUAAAAUCAACAAUUCUUUAUCAGAAUCGAUCGAGCUCGCGAAGAGUUUUAAAGACCCGGAUGUAGACUUUCUUUUCGUGCAGCUUUCUGCCAAAAAUAAUCUCUUAAGUUCUGGUGGAACCCGUGUUUACAGACUAAAGCUGUGGCUCUUCAUGAAAGUCAGAGGUAUAUUAAAGAAAACAGUUUACCUCGAUAAGUUUCAGUUUCCAGCAGAAGACAUGAAACUCCAAAAAUAUAACCAACUGACAUAGGUCAUUCCCACGGGGUCAAAUAGCCAUGUGGUGCAACCGGGAGACAAGCUAUGCUCUCUUGAGGACAGCUCACCUUCUGCUUAUUUUCCACAUCCACGUUGCAAAGUUCGCUCUUCCGCCGCCUUUGUCCAGCAGUGAAUCGAACAUCCAGGAGACCACCAAUGGUGGCGGAGAUACGCAUGGUCAUCAGAGUCAGAAUCAGAACCAGCAGCAGCAGGCGCCUCGUAAACAUACUUGGAAAUACAACAUCUUGCCGGAGAGGUUCGAACCCAUGAGCAGUGCUGUAUCCCGCAAUUACCGGUGGGCAACAGCAGCUUACAACUACGUCCACAGUCUGGACUGCGAAGAUGUCUUCUUCACCACAGUGCGCGAGUGCAAGGAACUGGUGGCGCUGCCCAAGUCCGCCAUGAACGUCUACGUCGCCUCGCCCUCGACAUAUGGCAAGUUUCUAACGGUCAUCCCGGACGAGCCUCUGAACACCCACGGCCUGCACGAGGGUGUGGUGGUCCUGGACCCGUACCCACAGGCCAGCUUCGGACACCUCGUCGUCGUCCUGUUCGUCGACGCACACCUACCGCGCGGAGCGUGCCAAGCGCGUGGAGGGGUGCAUGUAGAUGAUGAAUGCAUGUACCUGGCUCUACGAAGACGCUGUCGUAACGCGCUGGAGCGGCUAUCUCGACGGCGAAACUACGCGAGAAGGUGCGAGAUCAACUUUCUGCCGCUGGUGCAUCUGGGCAACGACGGUGUCAGCCCACGGCCCCUGCCUCACCAUCACCACCAUCACCCACAGCACCAGCGACCGACCGGCGGGGACAGCCCCGAAGGUGUCGUCGUGGACCCUGUCCCGGUCAACCACCUGGAGUGCCGGUCGCUGCUGGCGGGUUUCGCCAGGUGCCCGGAUGUCGUCGCCGUCAACGAAACGGGUCCGGUGUGCAAUCCGCUGCGCGACAACACGCGACGCUGCGCCACCACCCACGCCUUGGUGCGCAGCAGCUGCCGCAUGCUGGAGGUCUGCGACCAGGCCGUCCUGCUGUCCGGGGGCUGGAACCGGCACAUCAGUGGUCUGCACAGCCUGCAGAACGUGGAGCGGAUGUACACCAUGCUGCGCGCGCACGGCUUCCUGCGCCGCAACAUCAAGAUCUUCUUCGCCAACGGCGCUGACCCAUUGCAGGUAGGAUCUGAGCCACCGCAAAAGGUGUAUCCCGCCAGUAUGAAGAUGGCGAUGAGAAACCAUCUGCGGAGGCUGUGCCUUCAGCCGCACUGCGUGGACUCGCUGUUCCUGUUUCUCAACUCGCCGGCACGCAGCGACGGCAGCAGUCUUCUGUGGGACGCCAAUGACAACGGGCUGGCGGAGGAAGACGAGCGCUACACCGUUCGAGAGCUGAUGGACGAUCUGGGGGACUGCGGAGCGCGGCAGGUGGUGUUGCUUGUGGACCAGAGUUUCUCAGGGGAGCUGGUCCAGGAGCUGCGUCAGUCGCCUGCUCACAGCAACGUGCUGGUCUUCGCCAACGGCAAGAGUAACGAAUACUCCUAUGACAACGAAUACAGCCGCUACUGGGCCGCUGCUAACCACUCACACACCUGCUCCGUGGACGUUCAUUCUGCCAGUCGCCAGGCGAUGCAUCACUCCAGCCCCAGGAUGGGUGAGGGUGAGGAGGGCAAGAUCAAGACCACCAUUUUCGGGGCCCCGUGUGACGUCAGACCACCCUUCACCCCGAAAGAACUGCGCCACAGCUACCUAGGGUGCCAGAACCUUCCGACUGCCGUCUGGCUGCGGGAAGUUCUCCGCAUCUCCGAAACCAGCCUGGAUGACGAUGAAGUUGACGACGACCACGAUGAUUACAAUGAUAACGCCGACAGCUAAAAGUUUGACUACUUUACAUCUUCAGUUAUGACUCUGACAGUUAAAACUGUUGGACCACAGAGAAAAGAUUGGCAACUGAGCCUCUGGAUGCUGCACUACAAGCUGUCUUGCUGUGUGUGGUUUCCUGCUCAUUCGGGUACCUCAGCUUCAGAUUACCUGACGCCCAUGAUGAGCACAAAAGUUAUAUAUAAAAAGGAGGAACUUCUCGUUCUGUGUCUUCUUUCUCUCUAUCUAUCUCAGCCUCUCUUUUUUCCCCACUUCUACAAUGGUCACAAUAAAUAUCCGUAGAGAACAGAGUGUAGAUAGCAUCUGCUUAGAGUUGCCAUGAAAAAAAUUGACAUACAUCGUGUGUGUGUGUGAAAGAGAGAACAAGAAAAAAAGAGUCUUUCUACCUGCUGACCCCAUGGUAGGUCAAUUGUCGAAGCACUUGGAUGUACUUCAACAAGUAAUAUUUUCUCGACAUUGUCGUAACCCUUGGAAACGCCACGUGAUGAUAUAUCCGAGGUGUGCAGAGACUUGUGGGUGAUACUGAGACUCCAGACGACUGGUCGACUCGUCGUGGGGGAUUUUCGGUGUCUGCGCAUGCGUGCCUCGUACUGUGUGGACCUCCACGUGCUACCUCCACACACUGUGUAACGUGCCAAUGUACUCCACAUGCUGUGUAAUAUGUUGAUUUUCUCGACAAACUAAGAGAGUGGUCUCCAGGUGUACAACGUGUGAACCAUCUCCUCACAGUGUUCAAUGGUUCGACAUUCUUCACACACUGUGUUAUAUGUCGCUGUACAACUCAUUUUUCGACUGUCAUAGAAUGUGUGUCCACACACCUGGAUAACCGAUGCACGCCUACAAAACAGCUUACAAGGCUGUUCACGCUCUCUGACUACAAUAAAUGAAAUCAACGAAGGAAAGACUUGAGCUCAUUGUUUACUGAUAAAUAAAUGCGAUUCUUUUCUGAUGGAAACGAAGCAGCUGUUCAACAGACUUUGAUAAGCUGUCACUGUAUGAAAGUACGGGAACGGAUUGCAUUUCUCACUCUGGGGAUGAAAAGCUCGGUGUAGUACUAGAUUUAUUAUAUGUCUGGAAAAGAAUGAUACAGUACUGUAUUUCUACAUGCAGAAUCUACCUGUACGGUACAACAUUUUAUUUAUUACAUACAGAAAUAAAAAUAUGACAAAUUACUAUAUGACUUGUCAGA